GCAGAAUUCGAGUGAAAACACAUUCAGUUAGUUCUGUAAAGAAAGGGCCGAAACAACUCGAAGAAUGUGCACCAAAAGUGAAACCUGGAUAUUCUUGUUCGUAUCGACAAUUGUCUGUGCGAGAACUGUAAACAGUCGUAGCAACUUCGAAUAUUAUGUGGCGGAAGGCGGAACUGAGCUUGUCAGAUUCGUGCCAAACGGAAUGUGUGAGAUUUUCGGAGCAAAGAAUGUCAUCGAUUUGGUGCUGAUGCACGCGGACAAAUCCGAGGUAAGGAUCUUGCCCAGGGAUUCUUUCGUGAUCCCCCUGCGGAACUGCACAGCGCAGCAACUCCAAGGGAUCACCGACUAUUCCCAUUUCCCCAGCGACUUUCCUUACACAAUAUUUCCAGGAACGAAGUGGUGUGGAGAGGGAAACGUGGCUGAGAAUUUUUAUGACCUGGGCCACUUCAACGAAUUGGACAAGUGCUGUCGUGAGCAUGAUUUUUGCGCAGAUUACAUCAACCCACGAUCGACCCGAAGAAUAUACGACGAUCUACUCAACAUUGAUGUCGUUGCCACCGGGUACCACUGUGACUGCGAUAAUCGUUUUAUGAACUGCCUGAAACACGCUGAGGCGCCGGAAGCUGAUAUGUUCGGCGUAGAAUAUUUCACCCAUCGAAGGAAACGAUGCUUUAAACUUGAAUAUCCCGAAAGCACCUGCUUGCAAUGGGAUGGAUUGCCGAUCUGGGGAACGUGUCGCAAGUAUGAGUUGAAUUACUGGUACAACGAACGCUUCUGGCAGUUCUUUGGGAACGAAGUUUACGUGUUGGAUGAACACUGGACCUUCAAAUAGAGCAACUGAUUAUCCCAGAAACAGUAAAAAAAAAAGACUCAAACAAUAUACACGAGAAAAUCAGCAUGUAUUCACAAAUAUUGUGUGAAAUAUUUUUGAUUUUUGCGCUUCAAUGAUCGCAUCGGUGCAAAACGUUACUAAUACGCAGUACGAACUUUUAAAUCUAUUUGAUUCCUCAUUUUGAACUUUUGGAAAUUAAAUUUUUGAAUUAUUUUUGCGCGGUUAUAUAGAUGAUGUAACCGGAAGUCAUGCUUUUUCUGCUGAAUCCCCGCAACUUUCAAUAAUAUAAUUGGAUUAUUUUACACCAAAAUGAGCUCUGUGAUUAAAUAGCACGGAAAGGUUA